AUGGUGGCGAAGAAGCGGUGGGCGUGGUACCCCCACCUCGCAAAGCGCCGCAGGCAAAAGUUGGCGGCAGCGGCAGCGAAAGCGUCUCCAAAUAAUGUUGGCUUGCCUGGCAAGACGCGCGCUGCGGAGGCAGCUGCGAGGAGCAGGACGACGUCGCCUUUACCGGCGGCCGUAGAGGAUAGCGAGGCGGCACGCCCCGAGUGCAGUCCUCAAGCCGCCGCCACGCCAGGGACGCAGGCGCGUGGCGUGGCGUCCGUGGCAUCUCCUGCGGCAGCGCCGCUCCACGCCACGGAGUGCUGCCUGCCGUGCCCUGCGCGGUGGUACCAGCUUGGCCCGCCGCUGCUCGCUCAGCGUGUGCGGGAGUUGCUGCUCGGGCGCCCGUUGAUGACGGCUGACCCCGCCGCGGUGUCGAUGGGUGCCUCUCUCGCCGACGAGGAGGCGCUCUCGUGGCUGUUCCCCGCGGUGCAUAACGGGGAGUGGUUCGCCACACCGUGGGAGUUUAUCGAUCACUGCCGGUCGAUCUCGCAUAAGCUGUUGUGCGAGCAUGCCCCGCUCUUUCCACUUGAGAGUUCCCGAAACACGCGGAGAAGACGCUCACCGACGCCUCCUGCAUCUGGGAGUCGGACGGGAUCUUUGGGCGGCACGGAGGCGGCGGUGGCGGCGAAUCAGCCGGACCGGGCAGCUCCCGAGAGCGCAGACGCCGUGCAGCAGGCGUAUUACUGGUGGUUUACGCACCUUCACACCACUCUGGUGCAGUUUGGCCAGCGCGAUUGGGACGCCUACAUGGCGUCAAGGGGAAAUGCGGCGAAGCCGCGGCGUCUGGAGUGUAUCGGGGGAGUUUGGGGCUGUUAUCGUGUCUUUCAAGCGGCCUUGGCGGACGCCGUGGCGCGGCGCCUGGCAUCCUCCUCGCAGCUUGUAUGGCAGGCAUUGCCCGAGACGGCGUUCGCCAUGGCGUGCAUCGUCCUGGAGGUGUACCAGCGCAUGCCACACGCCGCGGCGCCUCUGCACGGCUUCCGUGGGUUAGGCGCCGCCGACCGUGUGGCUGCUGCAUGCAUGCAUGGGGACCAGUUCCUGUGGGUGAACGAUGACCCCACCACGGACGCCACCACCGCGGCCGCCAUGGCGAGCGCAAAGGGGGAAGCCGCGCUGACCGGGCGUGAGCGGGAGGCAGUCAUAGCCCUCGCCGUGCACCUGGCAGAGGUAGUAACGGGCAUGCGGCACGCGGGGAGGGGCAGUGGACCAUGCGCGGCUGUGGAUGUCGCGGCUGCCACCGUGGAGCCGGCGCCAACCUCAGCGGCACCGGGUACCGCUUCAGCACCCGGUCUUUCCCCGCACCUGAGCCUACCCGCGCACGGCACUGCGGAGGAGGAGGAGGAGGAAAGAAUUAUGGCGCUUGUGUUGUGGUUGUACCUCGCCCACGCCGCAGUGCGCACACUUCCGCAGGCUGCGGUCUAA